GAUCCCCUCACCUUUCUUAUUUAUUCCACUUCUUUUAAAUAAAAAAAUUUAUUGCUUUGACUCUUCCAGCUUCACUUUCAUGCUGCUACAUUCGGAAUCACUUGAUCUCCACAAUCACUCCAUUUUUUUUUCCUUUUUUUUUUUAAUAUUCUCUGUAAUCUCUCUCCUCGGCUUCAGUUUCCGUGUUACCGCUAUUCCACUUAAGCUCAGCCAUGGACACCGAAGCAGUAAUCGAGUUUUUAGGCAACGUUCCGUUGCUGCAGAGAUUACCGAGUUCUUCGCUCAAGAGAAUAGCUGAAGUCGUGAAGUUUAAACACUAUGAGAAAGGAGAUUAUGCUGUUCGUGAAGGUGAAUUUGGAGAUGGAAUAUAUUUCGUAUGGGAAGGAGAGGCUGAAGUCUCUGGAUCAGCCCAUGCUGAGGAAGAAAACCGACUUGAGUAUCAGUUGAAACGAUAUGAUUACUUUGGCAAUAUUAUUUUCUCUGUUCAUGUGGCUGAUAUAAUCGCUUUAACUAAGCUGACCUGCCUGGUGCUACCUCAUAAGCAUUUCACUUUGCUUCAGUCAAAAUCUAUCUGGUGCGCAGAUAAGACACUUGAGACCUCUGCACUUGUGGAAAGUAUAUUGCAUUUGGAGCCAAUAGAAUUGAACAUAUUCCAAGGAAUUACUUUGCCAGAUGCACCGAAAUUUGGGAAGGUCUUUGGAGGACAGUUGGUUGGACAGGCACUGGCUGCAGCAUCAAAAACUGUUGAUUCUCUUAAAAUUGUCCAUAGUUUGCACUCUUAUUUUCUUCUGGUUGGGGAUUUUAGCGUACCAAUAAUAUAUCAAGUUAAUCGUCUACGUGAUGGUAGAAACUUUGCUACCCGUAGAGUAGAUGCAAUACAAAAAGGAAACAUCAUAUUCACUUUGCUAGCUUCUUUUCAGAGAGAAGAAGAAGGGUUUGAUCAUCAAGAAUCAAUUAUGCCAUCUGUGCCAGCUCCUGAUGUGCUUCUGUCAUUGGAUGAGCUACGAGACUUACGUCUCACUGAUCCCCGUCUUCCUAUGAGUUAUCGGAAAAAAAUUUCUACAACAAAUUUUGUUCCUUGGCCAAUAGAGAUAAGGUUUUGUGCACCUAACACUAACACAAACCAGACUAAAUCUGCUCCAAGAUUGAGGUAUUGGUUUAGAGCCAAAGGAAAACUAUCAGAUGAUCAAGCUUUGCAUAGAUGCGUGGUGGCCUUUGCUUCAGAUCUGAUAUUUAGUAGUGUCAGUUUGAAUCCUCACCGCAAAAAGGGUUUUAAGUCAGCUUCCCUUAGUCUGGACCACUCGAUGUGGUUCCAUCGGCAUUUUAGGGCUGAUGACUGGUUAUUGUUUGUGAUUGUGAGUCCUACAGCCUGCGUCACCCGUGGCUUUGUCUCAGGCCAAAUGUUCAACAGAAAUGGAGAGCUUGUUGUAUCAUUAACUCAAGAAGCACUGCUUAGGAUGGCUAGGCCUCCGAACCCUCCGGUUGUAUCAAAGCUUUGAGCUGCUGUAUGUUUAAUUUAUAAAGCCUUAUGAUCACGGCUGCAAUAACCCUGGAAGAAUCCAGGGUGCACCUAGCAUAGAUUCUUCAGAUAAUUGCUUUGUAGCAAUGCUGGUGGAAAAACCUACUUCAACUACCUACUGCCAUUCA